AUGGAAAUAAAAGCCAUUAUUUUAUUUAUUUCAUUUUUUGCGUAUAACGCAAAUAUUAUUAUAAAAAAUGAAUUUGUAAAAACAAAGCAAUAUUAUAAUUAUGAAUACAACACAAAUAGGUCCAAUAAUUAUUUGCUACCUCAUUCAUAUGAAAUAUAUACCUUUACAAUAGACAAAACAAUACAAACUUAUAGUAUAUUCGUUUUAAAUAAUAAUAAAUCCGUUGUCCGAAAUUGUUAUAAAUUUGAAAAAUGUUCCAAUUGUUUGAGAUAUUACCAGAUAAAGAUAUUUCACAGGGAUAAAAUAAAAAUUUAUAGUAAACAGAAUAAAAAUAUUUGUAUAGACACAAUUUUAAGCAAUACAUUGAAUAAAAAACGAGCACGCUCAAAUAAUUACUUAUAUUAUUUAAUUAUUAAUGAUUGCAAAUAUGUUAAGAAAAAACAUGGAGUAUGUAGUACAGAAAAUAUUAUUAGUAAUCAGAAUCGGAUAAUCCAAGUAAAGAACAAAACAAAGUAUAUAACUAAUAAAGCAUAUCACGUGCUCGUAUUUUUUAUAGAUUUAUACAAAUCAAUUCAAAAUAAAACCAUAGAUUGGAUAGUAUCAAAAAAUGAAAACAAAGGAUCAUUUUUCAAAGGUACGAAUGACUUAAAAAAUAAUAAAUGCCUUUUUAUAAGUGUUGCACACUUACCUUUGGUAUAUUAUGAUUAUUUUAAUAAAUAUUACGGUCAUAUAACAUCAAAAAAACGAAAGAAACGGUAUCUUGAGGAAAUAAUAAAUGUGGGAAAUAUAUUUAAUCAAAUGACCAAAAAAAUAAAUAUUACAACAAAAAGUCAUGAAUCAAAUAGAACAAUUAAUAGAAAAGGAGAUGUACAUAAAAGUAAUAAAAAUGGCAGAAACAUGCAUUAUCAGAAUAAUAUUAAAAAAAUAAAACAUACUAAGAAAAAUAAUACUAAGUUUUUGAAAUCACGAUUUUUAGAUAAAAAUAUAUAUUAUUCAAAUUUAUCCAAAAUAAAAAACAAUAUUUUGAGCGCAAUCCACCUCAAUGAUAACUUAUCUAAUAAUUUAAAAGAUUCUAUCAAUAUUCAGUUUACACCCAAUCAGACAUUUAUACGAAGCAAAGAUGCUUUAAUAUCGUUAAAAAUAUAUGGUAAUAUAAAUGAUAAUGCUUCUAAUGGAUUUAUAUAUAUUUAUAAUCUUUGUGGAAAAUGUGAUGGAUUGAUAAUUGCAAUAGUUAAGAUAAUUAAGGUAACAGAUCUAUAUAUCAUAACAGAUAAAUUUGAGAUGACUAAUAUUGGGAUGUUUUCAAUUUGUUUUAAUAUAAAUACUACAUAUAUUCCAAUUGGUAAAUUAAAAAUUCAAAAUAAUUUAAUUGAGCAAUUUGAUAUUAUUGCUAAAGAAAAUUAUAUAUCAACAUUUAAUUGUCGACUAAAUGAAUCUACUAUAUUAUUACAGAUGAAUUCAUAUAUAGGAACUGUCUAUGUAAAUGUCAAUGGGAAAUUGAAAUAUGACUAUAAUAUGCGCUCCAAACUAGAAAACACGGCGAAAUCAAAAAUCCAUUCUAUUGCAUGUUAUUCAUCAGGAAAUUACAUUGCUAUCCUCCAAAAAACAUAUGUAUUCAUCUUUCUAAAGGAUUUUAAAAUUUUUGUUGAAGUUAUUUUUCAUUUUUUAGAUAAUCCAAUUAGUAUAUUUUUAGAUGGAAAUAUUAUAUAUAUUAGUGAUGCAAGCAGAAAAAAUAUAUUUCGAUAUAUUUCUAUUUAUAUAACAAAUAAAAGUAAGGAAGCCCAAAUUUCACUAUUAGACACUAGACUUAACUCAGCACCAAGAAAUAAAAUACCCAAUGGAAAUCUUCAAAAUGCAAUGCAUGAUGAAAGUGACAAAAAUAUCAAGAAAAGGUUAACACAAUUGAAAAUCUCAAAUUUAUUACAACUAAAUAUAAUUCGACAAAAUAUCGAAAAGCAUGAGCAUAGAAAUGGAAUAAAUUUCGUUAUAGGAAAUACCCAGUAUACAGAUAGUUCAGGAAUUCCAUCCCAAGACAAUAUGAAUUUACAUGCAUUAAUAAAUGAUAGAAUUUCCUUAGUUUAUCCAGCAGGUAUUGUAGUUUUAGAUAAUAGAUUAUAUUUUGUUGAUACAAUUUUGCAUGUACUAUUUUGUUAUUGUUUAAAAAAAAACGAAAUGAUAGAAAUGUAUGGUUAUUUGAAUUCACCGAUUAAAAGUGAUAGCGGCUUAGAUCAGCCAUAUUCCUUAUCACUAUAUUAUUAUGAUGAAGCAAAAAUAAACCUUUUAUUUUUAAGUGAAUUGUCUACAUCAAGAAUAUUAAUUUUUGAAAUAGAUAAUAAUAUUAAAUUGUAUCAAGUAUAUAAUGAUUUGCCAUUUAAUAUUAUUACUGAUGUUAUUGCAACACCCCGUUUUUUGGUCGUAUGUGGAAUGAAUUUAAACAAUGAAAGUAUUACAACUUAUAUUACAUUUAUUGAAAUGAAAGAUUUAUCCGAUAUACAAAUAAAAUAUAAUGGAUUACCUCGUUCGUUCAAGCGUAAUGAAAUAGUACACAUAUCACCUUUAAUAAAAAGUGAUAAUAUUACAAAAUUUAUAAUGAAUCAAUAUGACCAUAAUACUCCACGUAAUAAUAUUAUCACAGGAUUAGAAAUAGAAAAAGAUACUGGAAUUAUUUAUGGGAAGAUAGAAAUCUUUGCUAUAUUUGAUAUAGAAAUAACAGUAUAUAGUAAUUUUACAAAAAAAAUAUUAAUUUUAAAAAAUAAUAUUUCAUCAUGCCCUAAAGGCCAUUUUUAUAAUAAUAAUGCUAAUAAUUGUGAAUUAUGUCCUAUUGGGUAUUUUAGUAGAUAUUCCAGUCUAGAUGACUGUUACCGUUGUGAAGAUUAUUUAAAAAACUCAACUACAUUUUAUAGUGGGUCCGAUUCAGAAAAUGAAUGCUUAUGUAAACCUGGUUAUUAUUUAAGAGAAAAUAAAUGUGUAGAAUGCCCAGAAGGAUUUUAUAAAGAUGUUAUAGGAAAUUUUAAGUGUCAUUUAACAUGUGAAUUAAUGAAGACAAGCACUGUAACUGGAGCCCAAAGUUAUGAAGAAUUAAACUGUUCAUGUAAAGCUGGAUAUUAUACUACUUAUAAUUCCAAUUGUCUUCCUUGCCCUUUUCAUAAUUAUUGCUUAUAUAGUCCUCAAAAUAUUAAUUAUAGAGGUAACAUCAUAUCGUGUGGCCUGAAUUCAUUAACAUUGACUAAUGGAGCAUCAUCACCAUCUCAAUGUCUAUGCAAUAGUGGAUAUUAUUAUAAUAUAAAUACAAAUAAUUGUCAUCCAUGUGAUUUUGAUAAAUACAAAACAUUUAUUUCAAAUGAACCAUGCGAAGAUUUUGUGCAUAAUCCUGUAUAUUCACAAGAAUAUUUACCUAAUGAAAAUUAUAUCCAAGGGCAUAAUAUGUAUUUAAAGCAGACAAAUAAUAGUAUGUUUGCUAUGAGAAGAAGAUCAAAAAUGCUUAAAAAGGCAACUUUAUGCGAAAGUGGAUAUUUUUAUAGUAUGAAUAAAUCAUUUUGUUCUAUUUGUAGAUAUGAUCAUAUUUGUAAAGGGUUAUAUAAUCCAAUAGCACAAUGCCCUAUACAUUCCGUUACUACAAAAUUAAAAAGUUAUUCCUAUUUAGACUGCUUAUGCAUACGGGGAUAUGGAAGAAUAAUUGUUAAUGAUUUUAAUAAUUUUUCUAUAUCUUGUAAACCGUGUCCAUAUAAUACAUUUCAGCCUCAUCAUUCGGCAGGUGAAUGUAUACCUUGCCCGCCUUAUACUUUUACAAAAAAUACAAAAUCAACAUCUAUUACUAAUUGCAUACCCAAAAAUGGAUAUUAUAACCAAUAUUUUGAAUAUAUAUAUGAAUAUACAAAAACUAUAUUAAUUCAAAAUAUCCCCAAUUUUUUGCAGCAAUAUCAUAUUUAUAUAAAUGAUCAGUAUACAGAAAUUAAACGAAACGUCCCUGAAAAAGACAAAAAUGAAAAUCAUAUAAAAGAGAAUACUGAUGGUAAAAUUUAUUGUUACAAUAAUGAUAUACCCUUUGAUCUAAGUGUAAAUAAGUAUGGAUAUAAUGGCGCAAAAGAAUCAUCUGGCUACUUUAAAACAUAUGCGCAAAAAUAUAAUAAAAUCAAUGCCAAUGAUACAAUGAUAUGUUCUAAAUCAUACAAUAAUGGUAGGGAUAAUUACAGCGAAGAGUCAAACUUUUCUCAUGCUCAAAAAACUUCAAAAAAACUGAAUAUUCAUAAAAUAAAUAAUAACAUACGACAUUUGAAAAGCCCUUAUAAUAAUAUAUUCCAUACAAACUAUUUAAAAAAUAUAAUUUUAAUGGACAGGGUAAAACAUUACAAUUUUUUUCAACAAAAUCCUGGUUUUUUCAAAAUUAAUAAUACUAAAAGGGAUAGAAAAAGUGGUGCAGGGGAUACAAUUGAAGUGAUAAAUAAUCACAAAAAUGGUAUAAGCUUAAUAAAUGUAACAAAAAUAUCAUCAUCAAUCACAGGAAUCGAAAAAACAAUCAAUGAAAUAAAUAUCUUAUCAACAACGUAUAAAGAUAUAUUAAAAAAUAUAAAAAAAAGAGAACAUACUUACAAUUCCGACAAAUACAAAAACAUAAUUUAUAGUUGCUACCAAGCAGAUCAAUUAACUAAACACAUUAAAAAUACGAUAUAUACAAUUACUAUCCAUGAAACAGAUAUAAUAAACUGCUUAAACAAAUGCAUUUCCAAUGUAUAUUGCACAGGAAUAGAACUAGAUCAAAGAGAUAAUGAAGGGAAAACACAUAUAUCUUAUGUUUUAGCCAAAAGUUCUGGAUCCGAAAAUGUUAAUAUUUAUAAAUGUAAUUUAUUUCUUUAUGAAGACCCCGAUCCAGAUUACGAUGAAGACGAUAAAAAUAUAAAAGGAGACAAAUUUUAUAUUAAAAUCGAUGAUAUAUAUAAAUAUAAUCCUACAAAUAAAAUAACAAGGUGCAUUAUUCAAAAAAAUCCUAUUUUCCAACUUUGGAAAAUUUAUACUUUUGAAAAAUGCCCAAAUAAUUAUUAUUGUCUAGGAAAUUCAUAUGAAAAAUCUAAAUGUCCUUUAAAUUCUGUAAAAAAAGAAUUUCAAGGGAAAAUAAAGAAUUGUUUAUGUUUACCUGGUUUUUACUUAAAUGUAAAUACUAAAAAAUGUAGUGGAUGCCCUAAAGGAACUUAUAAAUAUAAUACAUCUAAUGAAAAUUGUUUAGAAUGUCCUUUAAAUUUAACCACGGUUUCUGAAAUGUCUACUUCAAUAUAUGACUGUGUUUGUAAAGAGGGAUAUUAUUUUGAAGGGACUAAUCAAAUUAAAUUGAUCAAUACAAAUAAGGUAAAACGAAAUUUACUGAAAAGUUAUGAACCAGAUAAACAUACACGUCUUCAACAAAUAAAAGAUAUGUUUUUAGAGAUGAAUCAAACCAAUCAUUUUUUUAAAAACUCAAAAAGAAUUAAAAGCAAAUUUACUGAACAAGAGAAAGUGAAAUACGCUAUUAAAAAACGAAAAUCAAAAUAUUUGGUUAAAAAUAAUUUAAUCUCAAUUAAUGAUAUAAAUUUUAUUCAAACAGAAAAUAUUAAAGUAAUUAAUUUAAAUCCAAUAUAUCAAAAUACAAAAAAUAGCGAAAAAUAUUUGCAUUCUACAGUAGAUUCUAAAGACAUACAAAAACACAUAUAUCAUAAUAUUAAUGAAAAAUGUGUUAAAUGUCCUGAUGGAAUGUUUUGUCCAGGUGCUUGGUUAAAAAGUUUUGAAUUUCAAAUUCAUCAUCCCCCAAUUUUCUGUCCAGAAGGCUCAUUUAUUCCUAAAACCACCAUUAUAUCGGCGGAUAUAAAUAAAUGCUUAUGCAAAAAAGGAUAUAGUAUAAAUUUUAAUAGUAAUAAAAACAAAUGCAUAAAAUGUAAAGAAAGAUAUUAUAAAGAUGUAGUAGAUGAUUCUUUAUGUGCAGGAUUAUGCAUGGAAUAUUCUACUUCAUUUAAAGGCUCGAUCAGCAAAAAUCAAUGUUUUUGUAAUACAGGAAAAUAUAUGAUAAGGGAAUCCUCAAAUGAAAUUAAAUGCAUAAGUUGCCCCCAAGGAUCUUUAUGUAUUGGAGGCUUAAAAUAUAAACCAUUAAAAAUGUUAAUUAAAAAUAUUAAUUAUACUAAUAUCGAAAUGAUUGAUCAUACUGUUCCGUUUCCCCAAAAGGGAUAUUUUGCUACCUUUGAGAUUAUGCAUCCCAACUUUUCUUGGACACCAUUAAACUCAGUAAAUCUUCAAAUAAACAAUUAUGAUAAUUCUAAUAUUGUGUUAUCUGACAAACUAUUGUUUGAUCUUUUUUAUAAGAAGAGAAAUUAUGUCGAAUUGGAAGUGAGCAACUUUAGAAAUGAUAAUAAGACAUCAUUAUUUAGUAAAAACCGUACAUUUUUUAGAAAGAAAAUAAUAUUAGAUAUUUAUGGUGAUAAAAAUAAUAAAGGAAUAUAUUUUUCAAAACAAAGAAAUAAAACACCUGUGCUGAUUACAGAAAAUGGAGAGAAAAUAGAAUACAAAAAUCAUCUUCUAACUGUUGAUAGAAUACCUGAUUUUCAUAUAUGUCCAAUUAUGAAAAAAUGUGUAGGAGGAAUAAAUAAUUUAUGUUAUGAAGGAUCAGAAGGGUAUUUAUGUAGCAGUUGUUCUAAAAAUUAUGAUACAAAAUAUUUUAGAUCGCAAUGCUUUAAAUGCCAACACACAAAAAUAGAAAUAUUGCAAUUUAUAUUGUUUAAGAUUGUUUUUUAUGCAUUAAUAUUUUUUUUAAUAUAUUUAAAUUAUUUUUGUUAUAUAAAAAAAAAUUUCGUAUUUAUAGCUAUAUUCAAAAUAUGGUAUGCAUUUAUUAUUUCGUUUAUACCAUAUAUAUUUAUUAUGGAUUCUAGUUUACCUAGAAAAGAAAAUUAUAUAUUAUAUUUUCAAUUUUUUACUAGUUUACCUAUAAGAUUUAUUACACAAUAUUUAAAAAUAAAUUGUUUUAUUAAUUCAUAUAAUAAUGAAAAGUAUAUAUAUGUAUGGUAUAUUCAGAGAUUUAUAAAAAUUGCCGAGCCUAUAAUUGAUUGUUUUUUUCUGGUCUGUAUAUUUAUAUGUUUUUAUCUAGUGUACACAUUGUGGAAUCGUCAAAAAAUACGUCGUAUUCAAAAAGUUAUUAAAAAGCAAAUAAAUAAAGAAUAUAACAAUAAAGAAUAUUAUCAAUACGUGUCCGAUUUCUAUUAUCAUUGUUAUCAAAAAGGGGUUAUAGAUACUAUAAAUAAUAAAAGGAAUAAAACAUAUUUAGAAUAUAUUAAGUAUGAUCGAGAUCCUUUUUCCUCAUCGACUUCAUUGGGUUUUAGAGAGCCCUUGCUCAAAAAAUGGAAAAAUAAAAAGUGCUUCCAUAAAUGGAAUAAAAGGAAACCUCAUAGUAUAACUUCGUGGAAAUCGAAGAUAAUCCAAAGUUCAAAAUGGAUCAAUCAAAAAGUAAACGCUAAAGCCCCCAAAUGGAUAAACAAGAAAAAUGAAAUAAAACAAAAAACUAAAAUAACUUCAUUAGGUGAUGUUAAUUUUUGGGAGUCAUCAAGUUUUUCACACAAUAAAGAAUUAAAAAAAGAAAAUAGUAACGAAUAUGAUUUUCCAAAUGUUAUAAAUUUUAAAAAAGAUAUAUAUUCCAAAAUAAAAAAAACAAACAGUUUGUCUAUCGACGAAAAUAAAACAAAAGACAAUUAUUGGACAUGCAUAUGCCUACUCAAUAUAUAUAAUAUUAAAGCUAUGGGCCUAUUUCGAUAUAUUCAUCCCCCUAAUAUUAGUAUACGUAAGAAAAUUGAAAGUAUAUUAUCAGAUUUAAAUGCAAUAUAUAUAAUUGUAUUUUAUAUACAUUUCCCGUUUACAUUUAUGAGUAUAUUAGAGCUGGUUUGGUGUCAACCAACAAAAUACAAAGACAAACUCCCUAUAUUAAUAUUAUAUCACAUGCCUUCACAAAUUUGUAAUUUUCAGAAUAAGCUAUUUUUAUCAGGAGUUUUGUUUUCUGUCUUUUUCUUUUUUAUAUAUUUAUUUUUAUUUAUAAAAUAUUUUUAUGACACAUUUAAAAAUUUUAAAGUUUUCCAAUCCUAUGAAAGACAUUUUAAGUGUUAUUUUUUAUAUAAUGGAUAUAAUUAUCAGAACAGAUGUUGGGAUUUUGUUAAUAUAAUAAAAAUUGUAUUAUUUGUAACAUCAUUUAUGUGCCAAUUUUACACAAAUGAAAUUAAUAAUUCAAAAUAUUUUAUUUUUUCAUGUAUAAUAUUUAUUAUAAUUACAGAAAUUGCGCUUACUUUAUUAUAUUCACCAUAUGACAAAAGGUCUAAUAGUGUUUUACAAAAACUUAACCUUUUGUCUAUUUUUUCAGUACUCAUAACAUAUUUAACUAUACAAAUUAGUUUCUUUUUUGAUUUUUACAUAAUAAGUAUAUUACCAUUUAUAUUGUUUAUUUAUUUUCAUAUACAUACUAUAAAUAAAAUUGUCCUAGAAUUUGCAAUAUACAAAAAUAUUUUAAUGAAGCCUACACGACAAAAACAAAAACUAGACUCAGAAGGGUUGCUAACUGAAAAUAACAUGUUCUUUGAUUCCUAUUUAAAUACAGAAACAAAUAUCCAAGAUAAUUAUGAAGACAUAAUUUGCUCAAGAAGUAGCAAAAUAAAUAGAAAUGAUAAAAGAAAUCAAAAAGAGAUUCGUUCAAAAAUAAAAGAGAAUUAUAAUUUACUAAAUUUUAUUUUAAGAAUUAAUAAAAUACCUUCAUGCUCCAUAUUUUUUAAUGAAAAAAAUGAAGAAAUCUUUGUGCAAGAUUCAAAUGAUUUAAUAAAUAGUAAAUAUGAAAAAAAAGAGAAAUAUUUUAAAAAAUAUAGUAAUUCUCAUAAGAUAAAUUCAAAUAGGACUACUCUAGAUAUAUUAUAUUCUGAUUUGCUUACUUAUAAUAAAAAAGACCAAGAUAAUGAAAUAUUUAUCAAUUUAAAUAAUUCAGACGCCAAAAAAUAUCGUUAUAGUAGUAGUGGGUAUAAAAUGGGUAAAGAUGAAAGCCUAUUGAAUCGAAACUGGUCAAGACAAUUUUCAAAUAGAGAACAAAUUGUAGACCCAUCAGAAGAAUGUGAAGAAAAAAGUAUAUUAGAUAACCAAAUUCAAAAAGAUACGCCUCAAAAUCAUAAUUCUUCCUUAAAUAAAAUCCAUUUUACCAAAUGCCUCACUGAUGCUAUAAAUGUCUUGUUUGUUAAUCAAUGCUACAACAAAAUAUCUGUAGAAUGGUUAAGCUUUGUUAUAAGGUUUUCUAUAUGUUUUAUACACUGGAUGAAGAAUCAUGAUAAAAAUAUAAUUGAUUUUCCUCCCUUAAAUAAAAGACAAUUUGAAUUAAAAAAAAGAAACCUUUUGUUUUAUUCUUUAUUUAGUUCAUACUCAGAACUAUAUUCCUUAUAUUUCAAUAUAAAUAAAUAUAAUAAAUUUACAACAAAUAAAAACGAUUUUGUGAAAGCCAAAAAUUUAGAAAUGUUCUACAAGUAUUUAACUAGAGCCAAUCAACUAAACAUACAAACUAAUGGAGAAAAUAUCCAAAGGGAUAAUGAUAAAAUAUCAAAGCAUUUUGUUCCUUCAAAUUUUUUAGAUGAUGAAUUUUACAGGUGUGAACAAGAUAUAAUAGCAAUGCUAUUUGAUAAAAGUAUCUUUAGAAACUUGUCUAUCACAUUAGUAGAACUACAAUAUGCCAUUUAUAUGAUACAGUUUAUUGAAAGCAAAAGAUUAUCAAUUUUAAUUUUUUUGUUUUGUGAAAAAAAAAAAAAAAAAAUAAUUAAAGAAAAAUCAUAUAUAAAUAUUAUAAAAGAUACUAAAAGACAUAUACAAAAUAUCCUAAGCAGUGAUAAUAAUAUCAAUCAAGUAUAUGAGAUUGAGCAUUGUUAUUUGAAAGAAAAUAAUAAUAUAUUAAAAGACAAAAUUAAAGCGUUACAAAAACUAAUUAAUAAAAAACAAAACAAUAAAUAUCCAAAGAUUGAUAGUAUAAAAAGUAUCAUGCCAGAUGAAAAUGACAAAAAAAUAUAUAAUGAGUAA